AGUCUGUCUGGUUGCUAUGGAAAGUGCAUCCCUAGCAACCAGAGCUGCAGAACUUAACAUGGUUAAAAAAAAAAACACAUAGAAAAAACGAAAUUCAGUUGAAUUUUGCCCCGUAUGUUAAUGUAAAUUUGCUCCACUGCUGUAACCCGUAGCAACCAAUCAACAAUUAGCCGUGUGCUGUCAAGCGCAGUUAAAAUAACGAGAGCAAAUGUCAAAUUGGUUGCUAAUGGUUACUAAGGAGCAAAUUGCCCCAUUGCUAAUAAACAAGGCUCAUGUGGAUCUGUUCUCAUAUGGAUCACUCCCCCCCACGCCUGCAUAUUGGUAGCGACCGGCAGUUUGGCCAAUGGUCAGUUCUCAGUACAGCUGGAGCAUGGGGGCAUCAGACUAAUGAGGACUAUAGAGAGAUGGAGCAAGUGAUUCUGCAGUCGGAACCUCACAGUGCAGGGGAGCAGCAGAAAAGGAAUGUUUUACGUUAGAAUGACAGUGAUUAGGACUAGAGACAUGAGCUGAGACGCGUCCAAUAGGCUCCGUGCAAACUUCGCCUGGUCACAGAUUCUAAGGGAGAGAGAUUCCCGCACCCCCAGGUUGAUGUUGAAGUCCAGUUUAGCCCAAUUGCUGCACACGAUGAAGAAGCAGAACAUAAGGACCCUGUCUCUCAUUCUCUGCAUGUUCUCCUAUCUGCUGGUGGGAGCCGCUGUGUUCGACGCUCUCGAGUCGGAGUCCGAGAUCUCCAGGAAGAGGAUUUUGGAGGAGAAGAGGGCGAACCUGAAAAAUAAAUACGGUUUCACCGACGAGGACUAUCGAGAGAUUGAACGUGUGGUUCUGCAGUCGGAGCCUCACCGCGCCGGCAAGCAGUGGAAAUUCGCCGGAUCGUUUUACUUUGCAAUCACAGUCAUUACCACUAUAGGUUAUGGCCAUGCCGCUCCAGGGACUGACGCCGGGAAAGUGUUCUGCAUGUUCUAUGCGGUGCUCGGGAUUCCUCUUACCUUGGUCAUGUUCCAGAGUUUGGGAGAGCGGAUGAACACCUUUGUCAGGUUCCUCUUAAAAAAACUGAAGAGAUGUUUCCACAUGAGAAAAACCGAGGUGUCGAUGGAAAAUAUGGUUUUGGUUGGCUUUCUGUCUUGCAUCGGAACGCUGGGCAUCGGGGCAGCAGCUUUCUCGUACUUUGAAGGUUGGACCUUCUUCCACUCCUAUUACUACUGCUUCAUCACUCUCACCACCAUAGGUUUUGGUGACUUUGUAGCCCUGCAGAAAAACGAAGCCCUGCAGAAGAAACCACCUUACGUGGCAUUUAGUUUUAUGUACAUACUGGUGGGCUUGACUGUCAUCGGGGCUUUCCUGAACUUGGUUGUUCUCCGUUUUUUGACCAUGAAUUCUGAAGAUGAGCGACGUGACGCAGAGGAAAGAGCUUCUUUAAGGAGAGCUCAGAACAACAUACACCUGCAGUCGAGUCUGAUAAGCAGAAGCCGGAGCUCCAUUUUCCUUCCACUGGGGGACAGGACAAGCCAGAUUAACCUUAUUCCUCUCAUGCAGGAAGACUCAGACAGGGAUCGGCCCAGAGCUUCCAACCCACCCUCAAGAGCUGGGUCCUUCUGCACCUGUAUGUGCUACAGAUCUCAUUUCUGCGACAGCCCAGCAAUAUCGCACCAUGAGACGCUGAUCUGUCACACGAACCCUGUGUACUAUAACUCCAUAUCUUUUAAAAUAGAUGAAAUUUCACUCAGUACAAGGGACAACACUGGUUUCUCCUCUCCUGCAAGUACCUUCUCCCCGGGCAGUCAACGCUACCGGAAGAGCAGCAGAGUGAGGAGAAAAUCCAUUUAACAAAUUAGCACUGGCCCCACUAACUUUGUAGAAGAUGAACCUGAUUUGUCAUAUAAAAAGGGAACUUAUUUGGGGGUUAAAUGGUUCUGGAAAUGUGGGUGCAACAUAGACUAAUUAGCAAUGCAAUUAGCAACGGGAAUAAAAGAUUAUGCCGUACUUCCACUGAAUGUACAGUGUGUGGUUAAGAGCUUCUAAAAUACACCACAAUGAGAACGAAUGGCUCCUGGAAGAUUCAUCUUAAUAUUUUUGGGGUUCCGCACACACACAUAUAUAUCUAUCUAUCAGGUGUGUGUGAGGUCAAAGUGACUGAAGCUCCUGGAGGAUUGAGCCUGAUAUUUUUGGGGUUACACAUACAUACAGUAUAUGAGGGCCAUGUAAGUAUAAGGAGGCUGCAUGGCUCCUGGAGGAUUCAUCUUGAUAUUUUUGGGGUUACACAUUUAUGAGGGGCAUGUGAGUACAAAGAGACCCAAUGGCUCCUGGAGGAUUGAUCCUGAUAUUUUUGGGUUACACAUACAUAUAUGAGAGGCAUGUGAGUAUAAGGAAGCUGCAUGGCUCCUGGAGGAUUAAUCUUGAUAUUUUUGGGUUACACAAAUAUAAGGGGCAUGUGAGUACAAGGAGAUCCAAGGGUUUCUGGAGGAUUAAACCUGAUAUUUUUGGGGUUACACAUACAUGUGGUGCAUGUGUUCAACAGGACUGUAUGGCUUUACUAGAGGAUUAAAUCUGAUACUUUUGGGGUUACACAUACGUAUAUGAGGGGCAUGUGAGCAUAAGGAAGCUACAUGGCUCCUAAAGGAUUAAUCUUGAUAUUUUUGGGGUAACAAAUAUAUGAGGGGCAUGUGAGUACAAGGAGACCUAAUAGCUCCUGGAGGAUUGAUUCUGGUAUUUUUUGGGUUACACAUACAUAUAUGAGGGGCAUGUGAGUAUAAGGAGAUCCAAUGGCUCCUGGAGGAUUAAACCUGAUAUUUUUGGGGUUACACAUACAUGUGGUGCAUGUGAGUCCAAUAAGACUAAAUGGCUUUCUAGAGGAUUAAAUCUGAUACUUUUGGGGUUACACAUAUAAGAGGUACCUGUGAGACAAGGAGGAUUCACACUGAUAUUUUUGGGGUUACACAAAGAAGUAGUAGGGGCCAAGAAAGGCUUAUUGCAGACAGUUCAUUGUAUCUCCUCCUGUGCAGCUGAGAUCCAUGAACCAUUAAACUGCAACAUAAUGAGGGAAAGACUAUUGACUAUAUUAUUGUUCUUAAAGGCCAAAACCCAACCCAAGUGCAUAUAGAUAGAGACUACGUACACUUUCCUUUUGAAGAAAAAUGUAUUUCCUCCAACUGGAAUAGGCAGAACAGGAUCCCUGUAGCUGAGGUUUAAGGCAAGAGGCUGCUUUAUAAAUAAAACAAUUAUUAAAAAAUAACUUUUAUUGUGUCUCUGUCCUGAUGUCUGUAGAAUACAGCCCAAAAUACUGGAAUAAAUGUGUCCCCUUUGGUUAAUAAUUAAUGACUGCCAUCUAGUGUAUGAAACUGGGUAAUGCAAGUGACUGAGAAGCCAGAGCUUUUAUUUAUAAUAUAUACAACCUGCACCUUGUGAUAUCAAUACAAUAAACAGGUUUAUCCCAAAAGGAUGUUCACUUGGUGUUAUUACCCUCCUCCGCCCAGAUUUACCCCAAAUCGUACAGGG